AUGUCUGCCAACCAGCUACUACAACUUUCCACCGAUAAGGCACAGGCGGUCUUUUCGCAGCUGCCUCCUGGUCUGCAGGGAUUCCUUGCACAUCCGAUUACACGCAAGGCAGUUAUUUUCCUCACCGCGUUUAAGUUGUUGAAAGGCGUGAACAGCUACCUGUCCAAGCAGGCCCAGAAUAACUGGGUGCGCGCGCGCCCAUGGAACCCGCGGACGGAGUUGGCUGUUAUCACAGGCGGAAGCAGUGGGAUUGGAAAGCAGAUAAUGUACGACUUGUCGAAGCUGAAUGUCAAGAUCGUUAUCUAUGAUAUCCAGGAGCCUACAUUUGAGUUGCCACCCAACGUCUUCUUCUAUAAAGUCGACCUCACCUCCUCGGCUGCAAUCAAAGAGGUAGCUACCCAGACACGCAAAGAGCACGGCCACCCCACAAUCCUCAUCAACAAUGCCGGCGUCGGCUUUGGCGGAUCGAUCCUAGACGAACCCGAAGCCAAAAUCCGGCUGACGAUGGAAGUCAACACGCUCUCCCAUUUCUGGACCGUGAAGGAGUUCCUCCCCAGUAUGAUCCAGAAUGACCACGGGCACGUCGUGACCGUCGCCAGCAUGGCCAGUUUCGCGGCUCUGGGCGAGAUGGCCGACUACGCUGCUUCCAAGGCCGCGGCGCUUGCAUUCCACGAGAGUUUGAGCCAGGAGAUCAGACACUGGUACAAAGCGAAGCGAGUACGCGCGAGUAUAAUCCACCCACUCUGGGUCCAAACACCCCUGAUCCAGGACCUAGUCGAGUACCGCGCGCAGUUCGGCCAGCCGAUGAUGACGCCCGAGAAGGUGUCGCAGGCAGUAAUCAAACAGCUGGUCAACCAGAACUCGGGGCAGGUUAUUGUCCCCUCGACACACGGGGUGGCGACGUUGCUGCGGGGCUUUCCCAGCUGGCUCCAGGAACGAGUGCGAGAUCGCUCCUCGGGGGCGUUCCUUCGGUUGCGACAGCUGGAGCAGGAGCUGCGAGGUGUGGAUGGAAAGCGGGCAAAAACCCUCCGCCAGUGGGGCUGA